UCUGACGAAACAGGCCAAGUGAAAAUGUUGGAAGGUAUGAGAGAAUAAUCCGCAUUUGAAAGAGUUGAAAGAAUAAAAACCUGGGUUCCUGGAGCCAGGAUGACGAUUAUAGGAGCCAUUUCACUCUUCAAGAUCCUCUGUCCGUUGCUUUUGGUCACCUUGACUAAUGGGGUACAGAGAGCACCGCGUAUUAUUACGUUGUUGGAGACAGUGGACGUACUACUGGAUCACAAUGCAACCUUCAUCUGUGAGGUAGAAUCCCGACCCUCUGCUGACAUCGCCUGGACCAAGAAUAACCAACCAAUUAUGUACUACGACCAUCGCUACCUGACGAGAGAGCAGGGACAGAUGUUAAUCAUCCCCCACGUCAGAGAGACAGACAAUGGAGAGUACUGCUGUCUCGCCAGUAACGGUAUUGGCGAGCCAGCCAAGAGCUGUGGAGCGCUGCAGUUAAAAAUGAAACCACAGAUCAAGCGUCAUCCAACUAAUGUAACCCUUCUGGUGGAGUCCAAAGCAGUGUUGCCAUGUGUUACUCUCGGAAAUCCUAAACCAGAAGUCACUUGGCUCAAAGAUGAUGAGCUUAUUAAGGUCAGUGACCGGGUCAACAUUCUUGACUACGGUGCACUGAAGAUCAACAACAUUCAGAAGGAUGAUGCAGGCCAGUAUCGCUGUGUGGCCAGAAAUAGCUUUGGUUUGGCAUUUUCUAAGCCCGUCACCAUUGAAGUACAGGCUCCGGCACGAAUCCUCAGAGUUCCCAAGGAGAAGAGAGUGGCAUACGGCAGCCAAAUAUCUCUGGAGUGUAAUGCCACUGGAAAUCCGAUCCCCACCAUCACCUGGUUGGAAAAUGGAAAUACUAUUUCCGGAGCCUCAGUGGAUGAGACCUUAGUGGGGGAGGUGAUUCUGUCUGUUCUGAAGGUGACGGUGAAUAAACCGGCCCUGUACACGUGCUUGGCCUCCAACAGACACAGUGCGGGAGCGAACACCGUCAAAGCCACCGCAAGAGUCACCGUCGAAGAAUGGAGGCUCUACAAGGGUGUUGCAGGCUUCUGCAGUGCAUAUCGCGGAGAUGUGUGCCGCACUAUUUUACGAGAAGAUUCACUGGUUUUCUUCAAUACCUCGGUUUCUGACCCCGAAGACAUGCAAGAGUACCUGGUUCAGAGCUGGUGGACCGAGUUAGAAGGACUCGGUAUGCUGUGUGGCCCUGCAGUACGUUCCCUUUUGUGCCAUGCCUCCUUCCCUGACUGUAACCCAUCCGGGUUGGGACCUGCACCCAAACCUGUCUGCAGGGAGCAUUGCCUUGCAGUGAAGGAGCUGUACUGUCAUAAAGAGUGGUUGAUACUGGAAGGCAGCGUGCCCGUCCAACCUGGCCUGUUCGGUUCUGUCCAGAACUCGAAUGCUCCCAGUUUGCUGUUGCCCAAAUGUCUAACUUUACCUAGUCUCCAUUCAGACCCUGAAGCUUGCACUCACGUCCCUUUUGUGGAUAUCAAGACAGAUCAAGUGACAACAACAUGUUACAAUGACAGAGGCCGCUUUUACCAGGGUGACAUGAAUGUGACAAGGUCUGGGACACCGUGUCAGCCGUGGAAACAACAGGUUCCUCAUCAGCACCGCCUGUCUGUGGAUGCCAUUCCAGAGUUAAAAAACUCAGAAAAUCACUGCAGGAAUCCAGGAGGAAUCAGCGACAAGCCGUGGUGUUACACCUCCAAUCCCAAUAUCCGCUGGGAAUACUGCACUGUACGGCAGUGUGGGCAGGCAGGUACAGGAUCAGGCUUUGCAUCCGUGCUUAAGCCAGAACCGCCAGGCCCUCGUCAACCACCUCGUUUCCCGUCCAUAACGGCAUCAUCUCCAGCGUACUCCAUGUCUGUGAUUGUUAUUGUCCUGGCUUUGCUCGCCACUGCCGCCAUCCUCAGCAUCAUAAUCCUCGCAUGCCGGCGUCAGAGGAAACAGUGGAGACAACACAAGCGAGCAAUGGAGACCCCGACUAUGACUGCUCUUCCUUCAGAGCUCCUGCUGGACCGUCUGCACCCCAACCCCAUGUACCAACGGGUUCCCUUGCUUCUGAACUCUAAGCUGCUCGCACUAGAAUAUCCCAGGAAUAAUAUCCAAUAUGUUCGCGAUAUUGGAGAGGGAGCCUUUGGCAGAGUUUUCCAAGCAAGAGCGCCAGGCUUGCUACCGAUAGAUCCUUUCACAAUGGUGGCAGUCAAGAUGCUCAAGGAGGAAGCAUCGGCUGACAUGCAGAAUGAUUUCCAGCGAGAGGCGGCCCUCAUGGCCGAAUUUGACCACACAAACAUUGUUCGACUCCUAGGUGUAUGCGCAGUGGGCAAGCCCAUGUGCUUGAUGUUCGAGUACAUGGCCCACGGUGACUUGAAUGAGUUCCUGCGUCGUCGCUCUCCAACACGAUCCGUGCGAACCCUCAGCCGCGCCAGCCUGUCUGGUCGCAGUUUUUCCUCAGAGAUGGAAGCAGGAGCUCUCUCUUGCACAGAGCAGCUGUCAGUGUCCAAGCAGAUUGCAGCCGGUAUGGCCUACUUAUCCGAACGCAAAUUUGUCCACCGAGACCUUGCGACGCGAAACUGCCUGGUUGGGGAGGAAAUGGUGGUGAAGAUCGCAGACUUCGGCCUCUCCAGAAACAUAUACUCAGCCGACUACUACAAAGCCAAUGAGAACGAUGCCAUACCCAUCCGCUGGAUGCCGCCGGAGUCCAUUUUCUAUAACCGCUACACCACUGAAUCCGAUGUUUGGGCGUAUGGCGUGGUGUUAUGGGAGAUCUUCUCCCACGGCAUGCAGCCGUACUACGGUAUGGGUCAUGAGGAAGUCAUCUACUAUGUGAGGGACGGUCAUAUCCUUUCCUGUCCGGAGAACUGCCCUUUGGAGCUCUAUAAUCUCAUGAGGCUUUGUUGGAGCACACACCCAUCGGAUCGGCCGAGCUUCAGCAGUAUACAUCGAAUUCUGGAACGGAUGCAUCAAAACACGAUGAACACAAAUGCUGAUAUUGAGGCUGACUGUUAAUAUGGAACCUUAUCUGCGAGCAAGAUACUGAGCCUCAGCAUACAUCAGAGGUGGAUAAAACCUGCACAUAAGUAGGUGCGCUUUGAGGAGAAAGCAAGUCUAAAUGUUCUGACAUGGCUGCCAUCCAUCCCCUCUGACAUCGGGCGAGAGGCAGGACUGGUCACCAGCAAUGAAUCAUCAACCAUUCACACUUACUUUCACACAUAUGGACAAUUUAGAGUUUCCAAUGAGAUGCUCCAAUGCCGAUUCAACCAAACAACCAACAACACAGUGACUGUGAGCACUAGCUUUAGACACUUCUAUUUGGCACAUAUUCACUUUAACCCAUUUUGUUGUUUUAACGUGACUAUAAUUCCAUUUUGGGGCAUUUUUCUUCGUUUUGUCGUCCUAUUGCUGGGUUUCAACCACAUGACCCGGUGCAGUAUAUGCACUUCCAGUCUUUCAAACAAAGACUAUGAGCACAUACACACGCAGUAUGUUUGUACAAUUCUUUACAGAUUCAAAAGGGAAUAUAUAAUUGUUGUGUGAGUGUGCAUGGUGUGUUGCAUGAACCAAGUGUGAGCUCCAUAUAGCUAAGCCCAUAAGCUUGUAGGGUGAUGGUGCCCCGUGAUUGGAUAGGGUGAUUUCAUGCACUGAUUCCAGGCAGCCUGAAGCCCCGGAUCUGCCACACCACACAGGUUCCAAGAGGAACACCUGGCUGUUUUUGCCAGGAAGUUGAUCUGGUGACAACAACAACUGUCUGUGACGUCAUGUGAAACCCAGCAAUAGUCAUAGGCUACAUUCACACUGCAGGGUAUGAUGCCCAAUCCGGAUUUUUGGUUGUUUCACAAAUGCAAUAAUAAUUAUAAUAAUAAUAAUAAUGUGCCUCUUGUAUCAUUCUUUAGAAUUUUAUUCAUCAUUGUUCAAAACAGUUUUGUGUGGUAAGGAUUCAGUUUUUUCUGGCCUUUGUAUUGUUUCUGAAUUUCCGAAGUGUUAUAUUUUGUCAAUUUCUUUUUUACCUAUUGUUCAUUGUGGAGCCUAUAUA